AUGCGCUCGCUGCUCCUCUGCUCCGCCAUCGCGGGCCUGGCCAUUGCCCACGGCUCGCACUCCCAGAAGCCCAUUGUCGACCCAAACGCCAACUGGAUGACAAAACACAUGGCCGAGGAGCACCACGUCGACGGCUGGGACGCCGCCUCCUUCUUCACCCUCCACGACUACGACAGCGACGGCUACUGGAAAGGCGACGAGCUCCUCCGCACCUACGGCCUCAUGGACGAGUCCAACAAGCACGUCUCCUGGGAGCGCCGCGACGAGAUCCUGCGCGGCCUGCUCGACCUGCUCGACUUCAACCGCGACGGCCUCGUCAGCCGCGACGAGUGGACCGCCUUCACGGCGCAGGGCAAGACGCUGCCCGACAUGAACACGGGGCCCGGCCACCACGGCGACGACGAGUACGAGUACGAGAUUCACCAUUGGGAAAAGUACCAUGACGAGAACUCCAAGCUCGAGGACUUGAAUCAUCCCGAGGACAUUGAGCACUUUAAGAAGCAUGAGGAGAUGGAGGAUGAGCAGGAACGGCUGGAGAAGAUGGACCAGAUGGCCAUUAUAGAGGAGAAUAUCCCUAAAAAGUUCUUUAGGGCUAGCUGA